UUUAAAGGAGUUGGAAAAAGUUCACUGCUGCUCAGGUUUGCUGACAACACAUUCAAUGGAAGCUAUAUAACAACAAUAGGAGUUGAUUUUAAAAUAAGAACUGUGGAAGUUGACGGUGAACGAGUUAAGUUACAAAUAUGGGACACGGCUGGACAAGAAAGAUUCCGGACAAUAACGUCGACGUAUUACAGAGGAACACAUGGUGUUAUUGUUGUUUAUGACGUAACCAGUGGGGAUUCUUUUGCGAAUGUCAAACGAUGGUUACAUGAAAUAGAGCACAACUGUGACAUUGUCAACAGGGUUUUAGUUGGCAAUAAAAAUGAUGCGCCUAAUCAUAAAGUUGUGUUGACAGAAGAUGCUCAACGUUUUGCCAACCAAAUGGGGAUUCAAUUAUUUGAAACUUCUGCUAAGGAUAAUAUUAAUGUUGAAGAGAUGUUUAUGGCGAUAACACGUCAAGUUUUACGCACAAAGAAAGAACGUAAAGAACGUCAGGCUAUACAAACAAACGAAACAGUUAAUUUAAGAAAAAGUACCAAGCAACAUAGGAAAAAAUGUUGUUAGCACGUUUUAUUAUACUAAUUAUUUAAUUUUAAAACAAAACUAAACUAAAAUAAAUAAAUAUUUAGUUACUUUCUAAAUAUUUUUUAUUUACGGACAUUGAAUAAUAAUUUAAUAAUAAACAAUUGAAAAAAAAUUGAUAAAAAAAAAUAAAUAAAUACGAGUAUUAUUGAUCUCGUUAUUUAAGACAGAGAAAGCUUCAAUGUGUGUCAUAGAUAUUGUGCUCACUAGUUUCAAACGUUUAUUAGCUAAUUUUAUACAAUUAUUAAUAUAUUAUAAUAAUAAUAAUAAUUAUUAUUAUUAUUAUUGUUAUUAAUAUUAUUAUUAUUCUGAAUCUUGCGACUGUUAUAUCAUGUGAAAGGUGACUCAAUUAACAUACACUUGAUGAACUUUUUCUCAUCAGUGUAAGCUGAAAGAACAAGAAUAAAAUAAUCAACAAAUUAAUGAUACUGCAGUUAACCGUCUAAUAACUUUUGAAUUUUUAUAAAAUUGAUAAAUUAUGAAAGAAAAAUUUUUUUGACAAAUUGCAUUUAUAGCUUUUUCAAUUUUCUACAUGUGCAUAUUUUUAGUUUUUUUUUUUUUUUUUAUAAUUAAUUCGUUGCAAAUAAAAAUCCGAAAGUUGUUAAUUGUCUGCUAACUGCAGAAUCAUAGAAAUUUGAUACUGAACUUAGCCGACGUUUAAUAAUUUUUGAAUUUUUUUAAGUGAUAAAUGAUGAAAAAAAUUUUUUUGAAAAAUUGCACCUGUAGCUUUUUUAAUUUUCUACAUGUGCAUAUUUUUAGUUUAUUUUUUUUAUAAUUAUUUUGUUUAAAAAAAAAAUUCGAAAAUUAUUAAUUGUCUGCUAACUGCAGGAUCAUAAAAAUUACUAAGCAUAAAAAAUAAUAAUUUGAUAACUCAACGAAUAAAAAAUUUAUAUUAUUACAAAACUAUUUACAAAACACAUAAACUCGUAGAUAAUUUAUUAAGUAUAAUCAAUUGCUAUUUGUAAAGUGUUACAAGACAUUUUUUUUAAUAAUAAAAAAAAACAAUUUUUCAUAAAAAAAAAAACACUUUCCGUUAUAAUUUAUAUAAAUACCGUAAAAAAAUAAUACAUGUAAAUAUAUACAUUAUUUUUUAAACAUUUUACAAAUAGUGCAUACGAUAAAUUAAUGGCCCAAAUAAGAACUCACGAGUUAACUGACAAAUAAAAUAAAAAUGCUUAAACACCCUUUUUAAAAAUGUAAGGUUUAAUUUGCGUGGCGACUGAGACGUAUUACAAUAAAUCUGUGAUAAAAAUCAAUACUAGCAGUACAUUUGUUGUUACUUUGUCACUAAAUGUCAGUUAA